AUGAAUGAAGAAUCGACGACGAUGAUGCAAGAACAGACAGCCCAAGCCCCCAAUCCCCCUAAUCCUCCUCCUCGGAGGCCCAGGGUGAGGGAGGUCAGUUCCAGGUUCAUGUCUCCAAUUGCUUCUCCCUCCUCCUCCCUUUCUCCUCUUCCGUCCAACAAACAGCGCUCCAGCUCCGUGCAGAGGCAGCGCCGCAGCCAGGAAUUAGAAGCCGAAGGCAGCCCGCAGCGGAAACAAAAACAUCAUCAGCGUGCUGUGGUCAAGCUUUUCAAGGAGAACGAACCAAGAUCCCAUAGUCACCGGCCCGAUACCCCAACACUCAACACCAUCAGCACUUCCUCUUCCUCUAAAUUACGAUUGAUGCACCAACGUUCCACCUCCAACAUCAACAUCUCAUCGGCUGCUGCAAAGCUGUUGCAAUCCACCGGGAUCUCCAAUUCCACUGAUUCUUCUUCUUCUUCUUCGGAUCAUCACGACAUUAAUAAUACUAAUAAUGAUGUCAGAAGCUCUCUUCCUGAUCUCCUCCGCGAUACCGAUACUGGAUUUCUAGCUGAGAGAAAUCUCAAUAGGCUUAACAACAAUAACAACAACAACAACAAUCCUUUGGCGCCUUGCUCCAAGAUCCCUAAUGAUGCUUCUAGAAAGACAAGGAAAGUUUCUAGUCACCAAGAAGAUGUGCAAUCUCUCAAGUUGCUUCACAACCACUACCUUCAGUGGAGAUUUGUCAACGCAAAAGCACAGACCUACACUCAAGCUCAGAGAAGAGAAACCGAGAGAAACCUGUAUUCCCUUAGUGUCAAGAUAGCAGAAUUAUACGACUCAGUGAAAAGAAAACGGGUUGAGCUUGGCCUUCUGCAGAGAAUGAAAAAUACAUGGACCAUUGUUGAAGCUCAAAUGCCGUAUCUGGAUGAAUGGUCUGCUUUUGAAAGCGAUUAUUCAGUAUCCCUGUCAGAAACAAUUCAAGCUUUGUUGAAUGCCUCAAUUCAAGUGCCAAUCAGUGGAAAUGUUCGAGCUGAUGUUAGGGAGAUAGAGGAGGCACUGAACUCUGCAACAAAAUUGAUGGACACAAUAGCUUUUCACAUCGAAAGCCUUAUACCAAAGGCUGAAGAAACAGAUCGUUUGAUCUCAGAAGUAGCUAGGGUGACUGGAGGAGAAAGAGCUCUUAUUGAAGAAUGUGGGGAUCUGUUGUCAACCUCAUACAAUUCACAGAUUGGCCUGAAUUCAGAUAGAGGAAUGCAGCUUACGGGGGCAGCUAAUUCAGUUCUAUCAGAGCCGUCACAAUCAACACCAGGAAGAGCAGCAAUAAUUUGUCGCUGCACUUCAUAUUUGACGGGACUUGAUCGGCGUUCGUAG